AUGAAUUUAUUCCAUCGCAAAAGUAGUGCAGCAAGUUCAUCAACUAAUCAAUCACCAUCGGUUCUAAAUACAGCCGUAGCUGGACCUGAAGCAUUUGCAUCAAAUUCAGCGUAUGGUCGCGGUUUUUUUGAACCAGGUGCUUAUUCAGUUGCAUUGAAACGAUGUGACAAUGGUCAUGAUCUUGCUCAACAAUUUGCUGAUAUGUAUGAAGAACGAGCACAACUUGAAUUAAAUUAUACAAAUCAAUUACGUUCUUGGUCACGUAAAUGGCAUGGGGAAUUAAUAAAAUCACAAGAAUAUGGAACAAAUAAAAAAGUUUGGGAUCAAACAGUAACAACAGGUGAACAAAUGGCUGAGGUUCAUGGAGCAUUAUCAUCUUCACUUUCAGACUCAUUAAUACCUAAACUACGACAAUGGCGUAAAGAUAAUUAUGAAAAAUCUUUAUUACAUUAUAAAAAAACAAAAGAAUUUGAAAAAGAAUUUAUUGAUGCACAAAAAUCUUGGACGAAAUUACUAGAUAAAAUAUCUGAAUUGAAAUCAGCUUAUUUUGCGGCAUGUAAAACAGCUAAAUCAGCUGAUGAUACUGAACGUAAUGCAUCAGAUGAAAAUCGAAAAAAAUUAGCUGAUAAAGCUGAAGUAGCAAGACGUGAAGUUGGAUUUGCUAAAACAAAAUAUGAACAAGCAAUAAAUGAAGCUCGAGAACAAAGACCACGUUAUGAAUCAGCUAUGAAAGAAGUUUUUGAACGAACACAAGCAUUUGAAAGAAAACGUUUGGAAUUUUUUAAAGAAACAUUUGAUGAAUUUUCAAAAUUAUUAGAAACAGCAACACAAGACAAUGUGAUCUUGAAAAAAAUGAUUGAUGAUUAUAAAACAAGUUUGAUCGCACAUGAUUCUACACAAGAUUUAACUUGGUGGGAUCAAAAUUAUGGCCCACAAACAAAUAAUCGAUGGCCAGAAUUUGAAGAAUAUCAUGAUUGA